GCUUACAAGACUAAUGUUACCACUAGAAAUAGCGUCUGGCGUCGUAUUAGCCGCACGCACAAAUACACUAGCAGCUUCAGAAAAAGAAACUAUUGGAAAUGUGAUAACGUACCACCAUGUUGUACUAAGCUUUUGCCGGCAGCAGGAACGGGAGGUGCAUUGAAGCAGAACCAGUAGCGAGCGAUACCGGUGGUUGUAGGGUAGAGUACGAAAGAGAUAGACACGCCGAAGGUUGGACAGAAGCGUGACGAUAGAAGGAGGAUACGGUAGCAGGACGAUCGAGACUCGUCGAGGCUUUUUCUGUCCGGUCAGGUACGCCGCAGAGUUCAAUUCCAUUUGGACGUUUGGCCGUGCUGGUGGUUCUUCAAAAGUGUGGUACUAUUUGCCACAACGAGUCACGUGUAGGGUUGGGUGUAUGUUCUAUUUAUUUUCUGCAUCUCAGUCAAGCAAAAAGCUUUUGUAUCGUGUGUCGUUGAUCGUGCAUUGUAAGAAAAGUGUUAACAUUUGUUUAAGUGAAGCUUAAUUGUGAAAAAUUUAACGUUACAAUCGCAUAAUGGCAACUGCUAGUGGCAAGUACAAGCGUACAAACACCAAUGGUAUGCAGCAUCAGCCACUGGACGUGGCCAUCGUUGGCGGUGGUUUGGUUGGCUCACUUUUAGCAUUGCAUCUGGGUAAGAAAGGCCACGAAGUGAAUCUGUACGAAUACCGUGAAGAUAUACGCACCGCAGAGUUGGUAAUCGGACGAAGUAUCAAUCUAGCCCUGUCGGCCCGUGGUCGACGGGCGCUGGCCGAAGUCGGGCUAGAGGAAGCCCUACUUAAUCAUGGUAUCCCAAUGUCCGGACGAAUGUUACAUGACAUUCACGGUAACCGGAAGAUCGUACCGUACGAUGCAAACACAAACCAGUGCAUCUAUUCCGUCGGCCGAAAGCAUUUGAAUGAAGUAUUGUUAAACGCGGCGGAGAAAUACCCGAACAUUCACCUGCAUUUUAACCACAAACUGGUCAGCGCCAAUUUGGACGAGGGCAAUCUGUCUAUGGUUGAUCCGCAAACGAAGGAGGUCAAGAGCGCUAAGGCGGAUCUGAUCGUUGGAUGCGACGGUGCAUACAGUGCCGUUCGGAAGGAAAUCGUCAAACGACCACGCUAUGACUUCAGCCAGACAUACAUCGAGCACGGCUACCUGGAACUUUGCAUCCCUCCAAAGGCCGAUGGAGAGUUCGCCAUGCCGCACAACUAUUUGCACAUCUGGCCCCGAGGGCAGUUCAUGAUGAUUGCGCUACCCAACCAGGACCGCACCUGGACCGUGACGCUGUUCAUGCCGUUCACGCAGUUCCACAGUAUUACUGAUCAUGAGCGACUACUUGAGUUCUUCGGCCAGUACUUUCCCGAUGCGAUCGCGCUGAUCGGACGCGAGCGGUUGAUAAAGGAUUUCUUCAAAACGAAACCGCAAUCGCUCGUGAUGAUCAAGUGCCGGCCGUAUCAUGUCGGUUCGAAAGCUCUCAUCAUUGGUGACGCUGCACAUGCGAUGGUACCGUUCUACGGCCAAGGUAUGAACGCGGGCUUUGAAGAUUGCAGCGUGUUGACGGAGCUGUUCAACAAGUACGGUUCUGAUCUGACGCAUAUCUUGCCGGAGUUCAGUGAGAAGCGCUGGGAGGAUGCCCAUGCCAUCUGUGACUUAGCAAUGUACAAUUACAUUGAGAUGCGUGAUUUGGUUACUAAACGAUCGUACCUUUUCCGCAAGAAGCUGGAUGAGUUGCUGUUCUGGUUGAUGCCUAAUACCUGGGUUCCCUUGUAUAACUCCGUAUCCUUCUCUCACAUGCGAUACAGCAAGUGCAUUGCUAAUCGUGCCUGGCAGGACAAGAUUCUCACACGCGUAUUGUAUGGCGCUUCAUUUGCUUCGAUCGCAGCUAUCGGAGGUCUGUGCUACCGACACGUGACCAUGGGUCAUCUCGAACAGCUCUCGACGGCGGUCUUAUCCACGUUCCAGCUACUGAAACCGAAAGCAAGCGUUUAAUAAAUGCAUAAUAUUUACAAUACACAA